UUCGGUUUAAGGAAGUGCUGAAUGCACAAGAAAAUUGAUCAUAAUCAUCAUGAGAAUGUAAAAAGCCUUGGAUUGCACAAGCAAAUUCAGUCCAGCGUUGCUGCUCGAUUCCUCUCUGAGUACAGAUUCAGUCCAGCCAACUGAUUUGAAAAUGUGAUGGCGGCAAAGACUCUCGGUCAGAUGUGAAUCUGAUAUUAAUGUCACGAUCAAGCACUUACAGAAUAAACAAAUACAGAUCUUCAGAAAGACGUGAACAAUCACAAAGACUGGAUGUGCUAAUGGCUGACCCUACAGCAAGCAUCGAGGUUACCGCACAGACAAACUUCUCUCAUGGCAACUCCACUUGCCAUCUGCCAUACACAACGUUCCCAAUGUUUAGUCUGUGUGCAUAUUCAAUCAUUUGUAUAGUUGGAACCAUUCUUAACUGCCUGGCUUUCUAUGUGUACUUCUGUCACAUCCCCAGCAGUAACAGCGUCAUUGUUUAUUUGAAGAACCUGGUCAUAGCUGACGUCUUGCUGCUCCUGUCUCUGCCAAUAAGAAUCGUUGAAUUGAAUGUAAUGUUCCCCUACAAACUAAGAAAAUUCUACUGCACUUUCAUAACAUCCCUCUUCUAUUUGAAUAUGUAUUCAAGCAUUCUCUUCCUGGGACUCAUUGCAGCCAACAGAUAUCUGAAGAUUGUGAAGCCGCUUAAUACGUACACAUUCCAAAAACUCAAAACUGCAAAAAUUCUCUCUGUUGGAAUCUGGUGUUCACUCUUCGCCCUUGGAUUGUCUUACGCAUUCCUGAAAGGAGAAGGCCGACCGCAGACAAAUACAAAAGCGUCUUGCCUAGAACUAAGAAGUGGAUUUGGAGUUCACUGGCACUUAACCCUCCACACUGGGGGCACAGUCUUGUUUUUAUUCGUGCUAAUAGCCCUUUGCUGCUUCUACUUCCAAACUAUGAGACGACUGGACAAAAGCCCAACUCCAAGCUCAAGCAAGAAGCAAGCCAAGGCAAAGAACAACAUUCUGAUUCUGCUUGUCGUAUUCCUAAUAUGCUUUGUUCCUUAUCACAUCAUCAGGAUUCCUUACAUGUUGACACAAGUAAACAUCAUUUCUGAUUGCUAUUGGAAAAAGAUGUUCUUGAACAUCAAGGAACCAACUAUAAUCCUGGCAACGCUUAAUUCAUGCUUGGAUCCAGUGAUCUACUUUCUAUCUUGCAAAGCAUUCAGGUCAAAGUUAGGUCUGGAUAAACACGCAGAGGACGACAGUGAUCCCCACAGAGACAAGUCCUCGCGUGCUAAUAUCUCACAAACUGUGCUAGACUCUGCUGGAAACAGCCAAGGCAACAGCAUGAAUGACUGCAAUAUAAACCUCGAAAACCUAAAAUAAGUUUCACUUUCAGCCAUUCGACAUUACCGUGGACAGCUUAGCAGCUCACUUUAGGACGAGUUAAGAAGACAGGCUGCAGUUACACCCUUGUCUUCGGAACGUUCCACAGUACUUCAGAUCCACCGACUGAUUUUGAAAUGCAAACGGACUUCCUCAUCUGGUGAAAGUGUGACAGAUAAUGUCUCAAAAAACUGGAAUAAAAUCAUCUGAUGUUGUCUGAAAGCCAAACAAAAGGAAGAUGUGAUAAUUAUUACAACUAUAAUCUCUGGCAGCAACAUGCUUUUUGAAGACAUCUAUUUACUCAAGUCUUUCGAUGUGAAAUUAUUUCAUCUUCAUACAUGUUUAUAAAGGUUUAAUCUUUGUGCUUGUCAAAUGUCUCACCAGCUUGGCCUUGAAUGUUAACAGAACUGGCUGCAGGAGUUUUAAAUGCUACUCUGGGGAUACUGUGGCAACAACCGUGGAAACGUGAAUGUCAGUUGAACACAACUAAGGUAGAAUUCAUGAAGAGUGCAGACAAGUGAUGAUUGGUUCUGAUUCAGUGGCUUGAGAUGGUGCUACGUCUUUAUGGAUCCACUUGCUGCAAUAUUUCAUAUCAGUGGAAAGAAUAUAAAAGUUCAGCAGUCAGAGACUUGGGGUAGUUAUUCAGGGCCUCACCCAUCGAUGGGCUGGUCAUGAACAGUGCCACGGAUUGAGAUCGAGGUGUGUUCCAACAAGAGAGACCUGCGUAAACCUAGAAUAGUAUUUUAAUGAUUGCUCUGCUCUAAUUUUAAGUAGAUAAAUGGAAUUUGUGUCUUUCUGCCCAUCUGAACUGGCUCUGAGAACCUUGAAAGGUUCACUUAUUAUCAAAGGAUGUAUGCAGUAUACAACUCUGAGAUUCUUCUUCUUCAGAUAGCCACGAAACAAUGGAAGUCCAUUCAAAGAGAAACAGAAAACCCACUCCCCCCCACACAAAAAGAACAGCAACGCAGUCAACCCCCCAAUGCCCCACCCCUGCACGAAAUGCGACAAGAUCACUGUCCCCCCAGUUGCCCUCCCCGCACAAGAAAACUAACAAAAACACAAGAACAUUGACCCCAAGUCCCCGCCCCCACACCUACUGUUGUAACGAAACAAUACACAUCAUACUUUUGACCUAAAUUUCACAGUAAUAAGGAUGCUCCGAGCUGCCACUAGACAUAAAAGAAACUUUAUUAAUGACUUUUAUUAAUAACCUCUGCUCUUUUUUGUAUAUCAGCAACUUCAACCUGGAAUGACAGAGCAGAUUCAUUGAGCCAAAUGGCUCCUAUGCCUUAUGGUCUAAAGCAAAGAUAAAAUUUAUAUUCAACUGUUCUAUAUACUGUGCUAUAAAUUAUUAAUCUAGCAAUUAUGUCAAUGCCUAUGUGCAAUACAAAUAACAAUGUUUAAUACUUUGCGUUAUCUUGUAUGCUAUUUUCAGAGGUUACCUUUAUGAAGUAAUUCAUUCAGAAAAAAUUUUGGUCUCUUAUUCCAGUCACAGAAUCAUUUUAUUUUACAAAAAUCUAAUGGUAAGAAAUUACUGAAGAUAAACUGUGUGGAAAAAAUGCAAGGAUAGCCAUUUACACAAUCUCUUUGCAAAAUAUCUUCAUGUAGUGAAUAUCUGAUCUCAAAUUUAAUUGAAAAAGAAAAUAAAAUCUGUGU